AUGAACAGAACAAACUCUAAAACAUUGAUAAUCUUUACAAUAGUCCUGUUAAGUUUUAUUUUCAUCGUUGGAUUCACAACUCCAGUUCAAUCAAUCAGUCUUGAACAUUUACGAAAAAGACAAGAUGACACUCCUUCUCCAGACACACCAGCAGACACUUCUACGGAAGACACUCCUUAUCCGGAUCCAUCAUCAACAGAAACUCCUCCCUAUCCGGAUCCAUCAUCAUCAGAAGCUCCUGUUCCAAGUUAG